CUCUCUGUAUCUCUCUGUACAGAUUUAAGAGUUGGGUUGUAACGCCAGAAGGGUUAUGAAGAAUUCAGAACUGAGUUGUAACGCCAAAAGGGUUAUUGCAUUCCCCUAGUUUUAAUCUUCUAUGUAUGUCGUUUAGUCUUUGAAGCAAUUGAAGGGAGAGAUAUGCAGGAAACCCAGAAGAGAUCCCACCAAGAGAUGACGGGGGAAGCCCUAGAAAUUUCUCAGAUGGGAGAGUCCGGUGAUACUCAUUCUGAAGAGGAAAAAGCCCUUCCAGAGAAGAAUAAGAAAAGAAGGCUCAAAACACCAUCCCAAGUUGAGGCUUUAGAGAGAUUUUAUAAUGAACAUAAAUAUCCCUCAGAGUCAAUGAAGUCAGAACUUGCAGAAGAACUAGGAUUGUCAGAGAAACAGAUCUCUGGAUGGUUUUGCCACAGGAGGUUAAAGGAUAAAAAGUUAAGAGAGGAAGUAUGUGCCAAUGGAAGACAAGAUAUUUCAAGUGGUGUUAUACAGGAGCAUGGCAGUGGACUUAGGCAGGAUUCAUGCAGCAGCACCAAGCAAGGUGACUAUAGGCAUUUUGAUCCAAGGGAGGUGGAAAGUCGUAGCCUUUAUGGCCAGGAUUAUCCAGUAACAGACAUAACUUAUGAGAAUAGGGGUCAAUAUAUGCAUGCUGGACAUUACGGUACAGUGGGCAACACAUCUUCAGGAAGUAGCUCAGCUUCACAGGACAUGUUACUUCCUCUUAGUGGGGAUCGAUAUGAUAUGGAACCGUCAAGGUAUCAUUCUCGGAAUAGUAACAACAUGCCGAUGGAUCUGAGGGGUGUGCAGAACCCAGGAUAUAUGAGCGCAUCAGAAUAUUUGAACUUGCAGGAUGAGGUUGAACAUGCUCCUAUCACGGCCGUUAAGAGACAAUUGGGUAGGCAGUACCGGGAAGAUGGUCCACCACUCAGUGUUGAAUUUCAGCCUCUUCCUCCUGGUGCAUUUGAAUCACCAUUUAAGGAUCCACUCAAUGAUCCAUAUUAUGUUGGUGAUCCCAUCCAGCAGGAUUCUCACAGCAUCCCAAGAACCUCUAAUGCACAUGGAACUGACAUAAGAUAUGACAGAUACAAUUCCAACAGGCAUGCUCAAGGGCCAUCUCCAGAAGGAUCCCAACUUAGAAGAACCAUGUGGGAGUCUGAUCCCCGGGAUGAGUUCCCCAGCUUCCGACAGAAACAGAAGUCAUCCGUUACCAAUUACUGUAAUCAUGCCCCUGACUGGAAUUCUGCCUUGGAUGUUGAUGAAGAUUCUGCUGGGGAAACCUCUGGUUUUAACAGCAGGAGGAACCAUGGGACUAGGUCUAAGCAUGGUGUUGAAGGAAUGAGAUCAGAUUUUGCCACAGACCAACGUUUUCGCCUUUACAGUGGAAAAGGCAUCACAAGUGAAUCAUCGUAUCCUCAGUUGCAUAACUAUGAUAAUACCGGCCCUAAUGUGUUUCAAAGAAGGGAAUACUUCGAGUCUAAGCCUUCCAAUUUGGAACUGCUACGCCAUGAGUCUCUUGAUAAUGAGGACAGAAGAAACUCUAGGAUGGUUAAGUGUCCGGAUGAAAGGACCUAUGUAGAUAGGAGGAUGGGUAAUGAAUAUGGUAACCAGGUUCAAUUAAAGUUGCCACUGAAAAAUGAAAUGAGAAUGGCUAGGAGAAUCAGAGGGGAUGAAUUCUUGCCUCGGGAAAAUGUUUCGAAAACGCCAUCUCCACAGGCAUUGCUGCCAUGGACAAACCUGAUGAAAGGGUCUGCUGUGGAGACCCCAACCAGUUUCAGUGAAGACGAAACUGAGGGAACUAGUUCUUCCACCGGUUAGGAACAUUCAACAUGGGUGCUGGGAGUGAUUACAAACCUUGAGGGUUUUUCAAGACUAGAACCAAAGGGAGAACAUGAUUGGUGGGAAAAAGAAAGGUAAUUUAUGGGAUUGUGUCUUGAUGCAGUGGAAAACCAUAUGAUGUAGCCAA